AUGGAAAGUUGUACUACCCGGGACUACAGUGGUUUAGGUUUUGGAGCAUGGGAAUACAUUGGGAAUCUAGAAUUUAUACAAACUCGAAAUCAAAUUUUAUCUCGCCUUGCUUCUUUAGGAAAAAAGAUAAUUAAAGAAGAAUUCAGGAAAGAAUGCUUAGAACUGACUAAUUUUUUAAUUAAGAAAAAGGAUGAAUAUCCUAAAUAUACUGAUAAAAAUCGUUGGGUUCCAGUUCUUAGGAAUUAUUUUGGAAAUAAAUUUGACAAGCUUACUCAACAUGGUGGUUGUCCUAUGAUUUUUGAUAAGAAAGAAAAAGAUCUUUUAGUAUUAAAAUAUAAUGCGUUAGACUUCUGUGAAAAAAAUAUAUCAUAUAAAAAUAAGCUAAAUACCUUCAAAAAGGGAAGUAAUACAUAUGAUUGUAAUAAUGAUACUCAGUGUAUACAAGAUUGUACAGAAUAUGAGAAGUGGUUUAUAAGUAAAAAAGAAUAUUUUGAGAGUAAUAGAAAUCUCGUUAGUGAAAGUUGCACAUUUAAAAGCUUGUCAUCAGAAUUUCCGACAAAACAAUGCAACAUAAUGAAUUCCAGAAUGUUAAAUAAUAUUCCUAAAUGCCUAUAUAAGAAAACACAGGAACCUGCUAAAUCUGCACCUAAAGAACAAAACGAAAUAAGCAGAUCCAAAUUAGAUCAAGUCAAUGCUAAAGAUUCGCCAGUAUCUGAAGAUCAAAGUCCAUCACAAGUGGAACGUCCACCUGAUGACCAACAUAGUCCAUCUGAACGUCAACCAAGCAGUUUACCUGAAGAUCCACCUUCAGAUCAAACUCAACUUCAGGAAACAACUGAAGAGAAUUUAAUGGAAAAUUCAACUAAUUUAGAUUCUGAUACACAAAGUACAAUUAUUAAGAAACCAGAUUCUCUUAUACAUUCAUCAUCCCCACAGGAAACAUUAGGCAUUUCUUCAUUACAACCUUCAACUGGACAAGAAUCAAACGCAGACAAUGCUAUUGGAACUAUUCCUGCAGCUGCUGAAGUAUCACAUCCUAAACUUCUUCGUACUACUCCUGUAGACUCUAAAAUACAAGAUGAGCCAAUAUAUGAUGAUGAAGAAAUCAUAAAAAAAUUAAAAAUACAUGAACAUAACACUAUAAAUAAUACAAAUAUGCUAAAGAGAAAAAAGGACAGAUCCAAAACUAUUAUAGAAGUACAUAUGGAAGUACUUGAGGCAUUCAGAAAUGAAGAAUGGGAAUUUAAAAAAGGUGAAUUUUUAGCAAUAUGUCUAGAAGCAUACAAAUAUGAAAAACAUAGAUCCUAUCCUAAUUUAAUAAAUGGUGAUCAAAUGGAAAAUAUUAAAUAUAGCAAUGGUAUUGAGGAAAAAAAAAUUAUAUGGAAUAAAUGGAUAGAAAAGCAUAGAAAUCUUUCUGAAAAAUUGAAAAAAGAAGAUUGGUUUAAUAAUUUGAAAAAUGAAUGGAAAAAAGAAAAAGCUAAGUUAAAAGAAAUAGAAAAAUUAAAAUAUAUAUCUUCAAACGAAAAUCAAAAAUGUUCACAUUUAGAAAGAGAAAAAGAUGCAUGGAGAGAGUGGAUAUCAAACAAUGGUAAAAUUGUAGAACACUAUCUGGAAAAGGACUGGUUUAAAGGAUUAACAAAUGAAUUUGAUAAUAUAUUAGAUGAAUAUGAAAAUGAAGAAACUGAAAAUAGAGUAUCACUAAUAAAUAUAGAAGAAAUGGUACAUAACAAAAGUUGCGAAGAAUUAUAUAUGUAUAUUAAAAAAAAAUUAUUAUCAAAAUUGUGUGUACUUGUAUUUAUGACAAUAUUAGAGGAAUGCAAAAAAGAGAAAAAUGUAGAAAAUAAGGAAUCAUAUUUAGACAGUUCAAUAAAUGAAUGUAAUUCAGAAAAAAAUUCAGAUAGGAAAUAUCACAUUAUAGAAAAUGGUGUUGAAAAGGAAAAAAAGGUUUUGGAAAAUAGUGAAAAUACUGAAAUUUUUGAUUAUAAGGAAAAAAAUAAUUUUACAGAUGAAAUAAAGGAUUGGAUAGGAGAAGAUGAUACACAUGUAAAUUCUAUAUAA